AAUAUAUAUAUAUAUAUAUAUAUUUUCUUAUAUAUGUAAGUGUCUUUUUUGCAAUAUUUUGAUUCGCAUGAUUGAUCACGAGAUCGAAAAAUCUCAUCGAUUUUCUGAAAAAUAAUUUUUUGCUAUGAUUUUUUUUAAAGAGAUGGUUGUAAGAAUUUAUCAGUUUUAAAAGCAAAAGGAUAUAUCAUUAGAGUUUAUUAAGUAUGAUGACUACUUCAUCUACAGAAUGGUCAUCUUCAAUGGCAACUGGUGGGAAACCAGUGUAUCUUGGCAACUCGUCGUCUUCUGCCUCUAUUUUCUCCCAUGAUGGAAGGUUUAAUAUUGUAAUUUUAAGUCAUCAAAUAAGAGUUUACUUCAUAUCAACUCGUCAAUGUAUAAGAACCAUUGAUCUUGAUCUUACUGAGUUGGCCGAUAUCAAGUUGGAUGUGGUCAAUCCUAAUCAUGUAUUAUUAUUCAAAUCAACCGGUGAAGUCAUCACUGUGAAUUGGAAAGAGAAGGUAUCUCAACCUAUAAUAUCUUCCAUUAAUUUGGAACUUGCAUAUUCAUUAUUAUCGAUUAUAUCUAUAAGAGAUGAUUCAUAUUAUGUUAUAACUGGUAAGAAGGAUAAGAAAGCUUCAGGAUCUCCUCAUACUCGUUUCAUUCAAAAAGUUAAUAGACAAGAUCCAUCUGAUAUCAUUAAAAUAUCUGAAAUUAAUAACAUUAUAAAAUAUAGUAUUUCCCUUGAUAAUACUAAAAUUGCACUUGUUCAUAGUAAUCAUGAAGUGGUAUUGGUUGACUUAGUGGAUGUAUACAGACACGCUAAAAUCCAUUCCAAUGAUCAAGAUCAAGAUUCAUUAUUCGAAGCAUUAUCAGUGGAAAAUAUUUCAUUCCCUUAUAAAUCAUCUAUAACAUCAUUAGCCGUAUCAAAUGAUUCAACUAUAGCAUUAGGUACUUCUUCAGGUACUAUUCAAAUCUUAUAUGGUGGAUUAGCUACUGAAAAACCUCAACGUUUACUUAAAUGGCAUAUUGAUCAAGUCAAAGCUUUACAAUUUACUCCUGAUCAUACUUACUUAAUAUCAGGUGGUUUAGAAAAAGUCUUAGUAUUUUGGCAAUUAGAAACUGAUAAUACUCAAUUCUUACCAAGAUUAAAUGGUACCAUUGAAAAGAUUUCUCUUGAUAAUAAUAAAAAUGAAUUUUAUUCAUUAUUAUUAAAUGUUUCACCAACAAAAUUAAAUGAUGAUAUUUCAAAUGAUGAAGAUAAUUUCGAAGUUUUAAUAAUAUCAUCAGUUGAUUUAGUAUCAAGAUUAUCGAUUAAUACCAUCAGACCAAAAUUCACCAAUAAUUUAAAAUCAACUUUAGCAAAAUCAAAAAAGAAAUAUCUUAAAUCACCAUUUGAUAAAACAAAAUUGAGACAUGAUUAUUCUACUGUAUUUGAAGUUCAUCCAAAAACCAAGAAUCUUUAUUUCCCUAAUGAAGCUGUCAUUCAAGCUUAUGAUAUCAUUAAAAAUGAACAAAAUUUCAUUCAAAAUGCCGCUCCCGUAUUAACCACUGGUAAAGUUAGAUCUGAAGUUAAAUUAUUAGAUCCAAAUGUUUCCUUAGUGUCUUUCACUCAAGAUGGUGAAUGGAUGUGUACAUUCGAUAGUGUUUCCAAUUCAGAAGUGGAUAACUUAUUAUCAAAGAACGAUAAACAAUAUGCUUUAAAAUUUUGGAAAUUUAUAGAUUCAUCAAAUAAAAAUGACAAUAAUAAUGCUAAUGCCAUAAAUAAUAGAACUGGGUAUUGGGAAUUAUCGACCAAAAUCAUUGAUCCUCAUGGAAACUCCAAUCAUAUUUUAUCCAUUAAGCCAGCUCCAACUUCAUAUUUCAAUGGGUUAGCAUUCUUAACUGCUGAUAAUAAAGGUGGUUUAAGAGUUUGGAGACCAAGAAUUCCAAAAGAAAUUUACCUUACCAUUAAAAAUGGAAGUAAUAGACAACAACAAACCGCAUGGACUUUAAGAAAAUCAAGAUCUGGAGGUGCUAUAGAUUCAGAAGCCGUUGAUGUAUGUUGGUCAGAUGAUAGUUCGAUUAUAAUUCUUGCUCAUGAAUGUUCCAUCAUCCCUAUUGAUGUACAAACUUUUGAAGAUAUACCUGAAGAUGUAUUCAAUAUUCCAUCUUUAUCAGGAUCAAGAAUAAGAUCAUUAUCGAUCGUGGACAAUAAUUUAAUCGUCUUAUCCAAAACCAGAAUAACUUCAUUCAAUUUACUUACUGGACAAUUAAAUGAAUUAGUUGCCAAAGUCAAUACUACUUUAGGAGGAAAGAAUUUAAUUUGUAUUGAUUCAAGAAAUAAUUUGAUUUGUUUGGUGGUUAAUUAUUACAACGAUGAAUCGAAUGACUUCACCAUAAAUUCCAAAAUUUUAAUCUUUAAACCUGACCAAUUAAAACCUAUCUAUACACAAUAUCAUUCUCAAGGUAUCUCAGCCAUUCGUUAUUUCAACUCAUCAUUCAUAUUUGUUGAUUUAGAUACUAGAGUAGGACUCAUCCAACCAACUUCCGCUUCCCCAUAUAAUCAAAUUGAAUUGGAUGAAGAUAAUGAAUCAUCCAAUAUUGCUGACGAUUUAUCCAACGAUAUUAAUAAUAUGUUGAUUAGCGCUCAAGCCACCGCUGAUAUUAUAAAUGAUCGUAACAUAACCGUCCAUAAGCAAAAUCAAACUAAUGGUAACAGUGACGUUACCGCUGGGGAAAUUGAUUUCAAUAGAGUUAUAGAUGUUCAUACUUUCCAACCUAUAUUUGAAAAUAUGGAAGGUUUAACCAUUGAUUCGAUCUUUGAUCGCGUUACUAGAAUACUUAAAUAGGAUAUUAUUAUAUACACAUUUAUAU